AUGCCCCCAACUAUCAAGUCUCAUCGAGCACCUCCUGAUCCAACCUUACAGCAUCAGCAACGUGUGGAUCAACUUAUGGAUCAAGCCGAAUUUGCCAACUUGAAAGGCAGUUAUACAGACUCUGCAAAAAUAUAUUUGCAACUCCUGGAUUUUUAUUCCACCAAAAUGGCAAGAUGUGAAAGCCAAAACGGGACCAUCGGUAGAGGUCCCCAUACAGGUUGGAUUCUGUCUUGUUUCAAUCUGACAAGAUGUUACUUGAGGCUUCAGCAACCACAAGCGGCCUUCGACACCCUCCAACAAGCCUGGAAUCCUGAUUCUUCCCUCAUCAUACCGGCCACACAUCCAAAAUAUCUGGAACUAUCUCACUUAUACUUUGAAGUUGAGGCUAGCUUAAAUGACGGUACCGAGGAUCGUAAAUAUCGGCUUGCUCUAGCCCCAACGGCUAAUCCUGCCCAGAUAAAAAGUCGCUGGAGGUCAUGCAUGUUGUAUUUUCAUCCAGACAAGGGUGGACACACUGGGGUAGCACAGCAGAUAGCGGCUGCUGCUGAGGUGUUACUUGAUCCAGAGAGUCGCCGCCAAUACGAUGCUAAGGUUCAUGCUAUGAGUUUUGAAAGGUAA